ACCGAGAUGAGUCAAACCGUCAGACACCAUCUGCACCCUGCACAGAGCACAUCCAUGCCUUGGAUAGCUCACCUGGAGGGCUCAGCCCAGGCAGCGGAAGCAAAGAAGCCCUGGCUGACUGGGGGGCGUCUGGUAGCUGAACCUUUUCAGUGUCCCAAGUGCAGCUGGGUGAUCUGGUUCGUUUCUGACUGAUCCCAGAAGGUAGACAAGGCCUGUGAAGACAGCAGUGAGAGGAAAUUUGGCCUUGAAUGGAUGUACUCUACCAGGGCUUGAGAUCUGCUGACCUGGAGACUCUUGUAUAACUCCAUCCCUUCAUCCUCAGCUCUGGACCUGAAUAGGUGCCUGAGAAAAAGGUGCCUGAGCUUCGUUAAUAACCCUGAAGCACUCACUCAGUGCUGAAGUGCCAAGCAUUAAAAAGAGUCCAUGAAGAAAUGGAAAAGCAGGAUGAUGGAGCUCGCUGACUGCAGGACAAGAUGAAGUUUCCGGCCACGUGACUUUCAGCUUACAUCCCUGAGGUUCUGAGAAACCACAGGAGGCUGAGACCUAAAGGGAAGGUGCAGAGGCUCUGAGAGGAGCGAAAGUGUCGGAGUGCUGGGCAAGAGGACAGAGACCUUCUGGGACGGGUGAGAGUAGGAAGCCAAGGGCCACAUCAGAGGUGACAGAGGAGGACAGAGGAGAGGCAGAGAAGCAAGACAGAAAGCAGGCACACCAAGAGCACAAAGGAAGCAGAAGAGACCCUGGGAGCCAGAAACACCAGCUAUGCCCCACAGCUCUGACAGCAGUGAUUCCAGCAGCUUCAGCCAGUCUCCCCCUCCCAGCAAGCAGGACUCUUCUGAUGACAUGAGAAAAGUCCAAAGGAGGGAGAAGAAUCGUAUUGCUGCCCAGAAGAGCCGCCUGAGGCAGACCCAGAAAGCAGACACACUGCACUUGGAGAGUGAAGACUUAGAGAGACAGAAUGCUGCCCUGCGCCGGGAGAUCAAGCAGCUGACAGAGGAAAUGAAGCACUUCACAUCGAUGCUGAGCUCCCAUGAACCCUUCUGCUCCAUCCUGACAUCCCCUCCACCGCCUCCAGAAGUGCUUUAUGCCACACACUCUUUUCAUCAGCCCCACAUUAGCUCCCCACGCUUCCAGCACUGAGCCAGCCAGGAGGACAGCAGCCUGCUAGCUCCACUGAUGGCAAGAAGUAACUUUGUGGGGCUUGCUUUCCCAUCCAAGGGAAGGAAUUGGACAGACGGACAUUCCUUCUUAAAGUAUGUAUUCUGAGUGACUUGCCUAAGACUUGCUCCCUGUGCAGAAAUGGCUGAGCCACCGUGAGGCAUCUUUGGACAGUUUCCAGCUUGGAUUCUGGGAGGAAGAGGCAGUCACAAAAGGGCACCAUCCCCCUUCUCUGGUCCUUGUUUGGGGAGACUCAGGGGAGUGUGCAGCACCGGCAGCCUCCGUAAGAGCAGCUGGCUGUGGCAUGCAGCCAGACCUCCAGGAAGAAGAAAGGGAGCAGGAGUGGAGGGGAAGGUUGGGGGUCACAGAAUGUCAGGGCAAAACUGGUUUAU